AUGGUAAAGCCACUGGCAUUCAAAGGCGACAAGAAGCCUAAGAAGAGGAAGCGCGCCGAGGCCGGCGAGGGCGCAGGCAAAGAUGACAACCCAGAGCGGCAGGUCAAGGCUCCCAGAGCGGACAACACCGAAGCCGAGGCCGACGACGACGACACUUGGGUCUCGGCCGACACCGUAUCCGACAUCUCGGGUCCCGUCAUGUUCGUCCUGCCGAGCGACCCUCCUACUGCCCUAGCUUGCGACGCCACUGGCAAGGUCUUUGCCCUACCAAUCGAGAACAUCAUGGACGGCAACCCGGCCACCGCCGAGCCGCACGACGUGCGCCAGGUAUGGGUUGCCAACCGGAUCGUCGGCACCGAGCACUUCCGCCUCAAGGGGCACCACGGGAAAUACCUCUCCUGCGACAAAUACGGCAUCCUGACCGCCGCCUCCGACGCCGUCUCCCCGCUCGAGUCCUUCAACCUCGUCCCGACCGCUGACACGCCGGGCACCUUCCAGGUCCAGACCCUGCGCGACACCUUCCUGACCAUCCGCGCCUCCCGCUCGGCCAAGGUCGGCGCCCCGCCCGAGGUGCGCGGCGACGAGACAGGAAUCACCUUCAACACGACGCUGCGCGUGCGCAUGCAGGCGCGCUUCAAGCCGCGGCUCAAGGCGUCGCGCGAGGAAAAGGCCAGAGAGCGCAUCAGUCGAGGGGAGCUGGAGGCGGCGGCGGGGCGAAAGCUGACGGAGGACGAGGUUAAGAUGUUGAAGAAGGCUAGGAGGGAGGGUAAUUACCACGAGACGUUGUUGGAUCUCAAGGUGAAGAGUAAGCAUGACAAAUUUGGGUGA